GAACAGUCACCAUUCACCACUCACCACAGCAGUUCUCUUUCUCUUCUAUUCUCAUUGCCUGCCAGAGGAGGGAGAUGGUGGUGAAGAAGAGAGCGGCGGCCAUUGCCGCCCUGUGCAUGCUCCUGCUCCUCAUGCUGUCAAGGCCAUCUCGUCAGCAGCUCUCGGAUCACUCCUGCGACUGCUACCGAAAGUGCUACUUAGAGUGCAAGAACGCCUUCCCGAUGCUCUGCAAGGUCGUGUGUGGCGGCAGCUGCAAUGACAACAAGGACCCUGUCGUCGCCUGCAUGGUCGCCUGCUGCACCAACUCUGUCUGUGGCCUGCCACCAGCGCCAUCCGUUUGCGCUCCGGAUUGUAUCCAUGCAUGCAACAAGACGUGGGGUGGCCAUGGUCCCAGCAAGGAACCUUAAAGAUGGAAGAUCGGUUGAUCAUGGGAUCAUACGAUGUUGAGCGGCUGCACAAAUGCAAUAAAAUGUAUCUCACUUCGGUGCACUACUUGUGAGAAAGUUUGUGAAUCUUAUAACAAAGCCAGUUAUCGAGGCAUGUGGCAAAUACCUGCUAAUUUUGAUGUGUCUUUGAUUUUA